GAAAAGAUCCUGCGCAUGUGUUACCUUCAGUUCGCGAGCCAUUUUUCCUAAAGUAAACCCUGUAAACCUUAUUUUACGAUUGAGUUAGUUGAUCGAUUGGAAAAAGUAACAGAAAAUGUACGACCCGUAGCUACACGUUAAAUUAUACAGCUCAAUCGCAACACAUCUCGGUUUAGAAGAAAGGAGUAGAGCUCAAACAUUAUUAGAUGGAGAAACUACUACUCCUUUUUUUUACGAUUACAGUAAUCGGAAUGGUUUAUUACGUCCACCUUCAUCCAUCCUCUAAGGAGUCUAAGAUUGCAUCUCUUGCAUGUUACGUCGCAGGCGGCAUCAGAUUGCCGGAUCUAUUCGAAAUGAAAACGCCACCAGAUAAUUCGAUAUACUUCAUCGACACGUCGUGCAAAUCGUUUACAGAGGGUGCGGUUUCGAUCGACCCAAGACAGGCAUGCGCCGUCGAAUCCGCUGCCCUGAGCAAUCCCGACUAUCAAACCUACCUAUUGUACACUUCGUCUGGGUUCAUUGGAGACGAAUCCACACUAUCCGGGAAACUUUUACAUACACUAACCGAAAUAAAAAACGUCAAGCUGUUGUGGCUGAAUUUUACACGCCUUUUGGAGGGUACAAUUGUUGAAGAUUUGUACACGAGUGGUAAGAUUCAGUCUUCAAAGUUUCCCGUUAACACUGCAAGCAACAUCGCUAGCCUUUUGCUUCUGUUGAAAUUUGGCGGAAUCUACUUAGACCUGGAUUUUGUGAUAAUUAGGCCAUUUGAUGACUUGGCGUCCAAUUUUGCUGUUGCAGAAUCUGAGAGCGUUGUUAACAAUGCAGUCUUAAGAAGCAACCUUAACGACAGUGGCCAAGAGUUUAUUAGGAGCUGCUUGAAAGAAUUGCGAGGCAACGCGUGGGGGCAGAAUGGACCCGAAAUAGUUACCAAGGUUUUGGAGAAAAUGUGCAACGUGACCGAGAUUAACGAAAUGUACCAGAAGAAUUGCUCCGGAGUCACCGUUUACCCACCCGAUUACUUCUACCCAAUUGAUUAUAAAAGGUGGAAGUUGUAUUUUGAUAGCGGCCACAAAAAUGAUUUAUAUCACAUUUUAGCGAGUCAUGGAAUACGCGUGUGGAACAUGCUCAGUAAAGACGCACGUUCUGAUUCUGAGGAAUCCAUUUACAGAGCUAUUGCUAAAGCUUAUUGUCCACAAGUGUAUUCCAUAGCGAGCGAAUACUUUUAAACCAUUGCAAAUCAAUAUUAUGCCUUUUUUUCCCAUACCUGUUCUAUUUUCUAUGAAGGACUGUGCAGUAGUACUCUGUAUAUCUAGGGACUUUUAGUUGUUCUAAUAUCUCUACAGUUUCUGCUGCAGCUCCUUCUGAUUCUUUAGGAAAGCAAAUUUCCUUCCUGUUCCUACUAGCUUAUUCAAUCACUGAACAAUGUUUUAUAAACUCAGUUUAAGUUUCGUCUUUAGAUGGCAUAAGAGUCAUCAUAAACUAGUACAAUUGUAUAUAUAUACUUAAUAUAUACAAUGCAAGUUAAUAUAAUAUUAAAUUUUUUUUGAAAACUUGAGACCUUAAAUCGAGCGUGUGAUUCUUCAAUUUAUUUGUGGAAUGUCACGCUAUAUUGUCACAUUCUACUCUCAUUUUAUAUUCGUACACAUGAUAUUUUCAUUCUUGGUCGAAAAAAUUGGCAUAUGAACACUGAAAGGCGUUUAUUAUUUCCUCACAUUAGGUGUUCAUCGCUAUUUAAUAAAAAUUGAAUAUAAACUUAAGUCGGAAUCCCUUUCAAAAUUUAAUGGAAGAAGUUGAAUACACGAUAUACUUUUAUAGCGAUGGCAGGUUUACAUUGAGUGAUUACAUUUUUCUCCUUUAUAAAUCUCCUACAAAUAUUUCCCUUUGGAAUAGAUUGAUUAAUCAAAAAAAAAAAUUUGUAUAAAUACUUCCUCCCUUCACAUUUCUUUGAUGUCGAGAUUACAAAUCUAAACAUUUAAAAAUUAUUUUAAUAAUCUCUUCACGCUUAAGAGAUCAAAGUAUGAUGUAAUUACGUAAUGUGUACGGUAUACAUUUUCUAAUAUUAAUCAGGUUCAUCUUGCCGGUACCUUUAACUUAAGACGGGUCAUAAAUUGAAUUUGCCGUCGAAAGUUUUCGUUGCGUUUCAUCUUCGUGAAAUAUGAGCCAUCUCGUUUCCUUAGUCCCUUUCAUCCAGAACUCUGAAUCACUUUCGGACUAAAGUCAGAAAGCGCACCAUAAUUCCAAAGGUCACUUGAGGAACGGAAGAACUACAUCAGAAACAUUUAAUGGACACUAAUCUAAGUAAUAACAUACAUUUAUAUUUUAUUUCUGAUUUAUUUGCGGAUCGGACCAACUGCCGUGGUUACUAGACUCACUUAAAAUUGAACAUACACUGUCGAUUCUUCCACCCACGCGGGUUUUUAUGUUUCCCUCUUUCAUAAAACUUUUAAAUUACCCCUAAAGAAACAUAUAUAUGCCUAAACGAGGCGCGUUUAUUAUUGGGGUUGUGAAUAGGUCCAUUGUUAACUAUGUACGUACUUCAUUUCUGCUACUAACGAUGCUUAUUUGUACUAGGAGGGCCCAGGUUAGUAAUAAUUUAAAAUCUUUUAACUUCUUACCCUUAUUCCCGACGCCUACAAAUGAUUGGUUAAUCAAUGAUGCCCCAAAAAGUCAUCAAAAAUCGAUCCAACGGAAAACAGAAAGUUUUUCUUGUGAUAUAAUCUCGUUUGAAUGGCAUCUGUCUGCCAACAAACCACUUAAACUCUUACUUCUAUCAAGAAGGAUUGGGGAGCCCCUUAGUGACGGGUUCCAUUCACCUAAGCGUCCUAAGCUACCGACUUUGUGGUUCAAUAGUAGAGCGUUGGGCUAUAAAACCGGAGGUCGGGUGUUCGAACCUGGGUUGGGGUAAGAAUUUUUCAUCUUUGAAAGAGAUGGGAAUUUCCUUAAACCAGUUUCGGGCAUUCUACCGGUUACUUCGAAUUAGGUUUUCCUGUAGUUUUCCUAGUUCGUAAGGCAAAUACCGGAGUAGCAUAGAACGCGCUGUGUGCGGAAUAUUGUAAAUGCUGGCUACAGGGAGGACUGUCACAAUAUCUUUAAAUCGUUGCAAAUUCUAACAGCUCCAUCACAAUACAUUUUUGACUCAGUUUUGUUCGUUCAUAGAAAUAAAUCAAAUUAUAUAACGCAUAAAAAUGUUCAUUCUUACAAUACUCGGAACAAAAAUCAAAUAUAUAAUGAUAGAUUACGAUUAAAAACGUCGCAAGCGGCACAUAAUUAUUGGGGCCCUGUGUUGUAUAACCGUUUACCUUCUUGUUUCCAAUCUCUAAAUGAACAACUCUUUUCCAAGAAACUUAAAACUUUUUUACGCGAAAAUCCAAUAUAUAACAUCCAAGAGUUUUUAGAUAACGACCUCAAGACUUUAACGCCUUAAGUUUUUUUUUUGUUGUUCAUAUUUUUUUUUGUAUUUUUUUUUGUUUGUUUGUUUGGUUUAAUUGUUUUAUUUCUAAAUGAUUUUUCAUGUUAUUUAAUAUUGUUCUAUAUGUCUCAUGUAUUUUAUGUUUAUGUGUUAUAAGAUUUCGACGGACGAGUGUAAGCAUUUUUUUAAAUGUAUUAACACAAUAAAUUACUUACUUACUUACAUAUUAAGACCUGUUGCAGGGGCACCUCUAAAAAGCAUUAUGUGGUUCACUC